AGGGAGCUGGGUGAGGUGUGGGUAAAUUGCCACCGCCUUCCAUUUUCGUCAAUAUUGUCGAUAAGUUCACGUUUCUUCGUCUUGCUCCAUCUCCAACUCCAACAUCUCCCCGUUUCGCCCGCGACAUUCAAUAACCGGGUGUUCAAUCCGGCGGAGGUAUUGAUAUCAACCAGGAUUUCCAGUUAAACAACGGAUUACCUCCUAUCUGUUGUCCUCAACGCAACCUAUCCGUUGGUCACACCAGGCUUCACACCUCAUCAUCACCACAUCUCCUCCCUCCGACGCCCAUCAUGACGACCGACGUGCACCAUACGGCGGCGCAAAUCCUCUCCACCGACCGGACGCGUGAUCCCAACUAUGACGAGCUCUCCUUCGCCCCGUUCCUACGCAAGAGUUUUGGCUUCGGGUUGGCCAGCGACGUGCCGGUGUGCAAGGCCUACAGCGAAGGCCACUGUCCGCUAGGACCCGCCUGCCCAGAUCGCCACCCGACGCCGUCACGCGUCACUACCUCCACGACCACGGCAUCGGGGCUGGCCCCGUCGACCACGCACGGGUCGCUGGUGUGCAAACAUUUCCUCAAGGGGCUCUGCAAGAAGGGGCUGAAGUGCGAGUAUCUCCACGAAUACAACCUGCGGCGCAUGCCCGAGUGCCAGUCCUUCUCGCGGUCCGGCUACUGUCCCAAUGGCGACGACUGCCUGUACCAGCACGUGCGCGAGGAGGCGCGUCUGCCGCCCUGUGAGCACUACGAUCGGGGGUUCUGCCCGCUGGGACCGCUGUGCGCCAAACGCCACGUCCGCCGACGGUUAUGUCCCUUCUACUUGGCCGGGUUCUGUCCCGAUGGCAAGGCGUGCCAGUCGGCACAUGCGCGGUGGUCGGAGAACCUGCCGCCGCCGUCGAUGCGCGUGGAGAAGACGGAGGAGGAACGGGAACAGGAGCGGGUGUUGAUCCGGGAGGAGCAGGAGAAGGAGAAGGAGCGGGAACGCGAAUGGCGCAGCGAGCGUGGGCGCGGUGGGGGAUUCAUGCGGGGACGGUAUCGGGGGCGCGGACGGGGAUAGUUUAGAGCUGGGUUUUUCUUGUUUUGUGCUUUCUUUUUGGGCUUUUUUUUCGGAGAUUGGUUUCCAUCCCUCGAUACCCCGUGGUAGCUUGACCCAUGUAUUAUGAUCUAUUAUUCUUGUUGUUGUUAUCUAUAUGAACAUGGUACAAUUCGGUAUGCUGCAUACCAUAUCCGCAAUAACCAAUGGUUUAUCCUGAAAUGUACCAAGCGGAAACAUUUUCAUCUGGAAUUCGGUUGUAUUUAGUUUUCUAGAUUUUGGUGGUGCCACUAAGUGGA